GUGUUACGCGGCAGGACGGCUUACUGCGCAUGCGCGUCACACUUCCGCCCUUACCCGAGCGUUUCUUUGUAUUUUCGGUGUUCGGCUCGUAUUGCGAUGGAGGCGACAAUGGCUACAGCUCCGGCUCCUGCCGCGCCGAGCAGCGCUACAACCAACGAGGGCAUUCUUAUAGGAGAUAAGGUUUAUUCUGAAGUCUUCCUGACUAUAGAUAACUCGUUAAUCCCGGAGGAAAAGCUCUCACCGACUCCCUCUAUGCUCGACGGCCUAGACCUGCACACCGAAACCGACCUCCGGAUCCUCGGCUGCGAGCUCAUACAAGCAGCCGGGAUACUCUUACGUUUACCACAGGUGGCAAUGGCAACCGGUCAAGUGCUGUUUCAUCGUUUUUUUUACUCCAAGUCAAUUGUGAAACACAGUUUUGAGAUUGUUGCCAUGGCCUGUAUCAAUCUGGCCUCGAAGAUCGAAGAAGCCCCACGUCGAAUAAGAGACGUGAUCAAUGUCUUUCAUCAUCUGAGGCAGAUCAGAGGAAAAAGGAGUGCGAGCCCAUUGAUACUCGAUCAGAACUACAUAAACACGAAAAACCAGGUGAUCAAAGCCGAGCGACGUGUGCUGAAGGAGCUGGGUUUCUGCGUCCACGUCAAGCAUCCUCACAAGAUCAUCGUCAUGUACCUGCAGGUCCUGGAGUGCGAGAAGAACCAAACGCUGGUCCAGACAGCUUGGGUAGUCCAUGAUGGUAAGUGUCAUAAAGAACCUCUGAACUCUGCUCCUCCAACCACAUGACCCCAGGAAUCUGCCCCCAUUGGCUGCCCGUCUCGAGACGGCCAAUCCAGUGAGAGCUCUCUGCCCGAGAAUCACUGAAGGGGGCCUUUUCCAUCUGGCAGCAUCAUCUUGUUUUCUUGGGGUUGUCCACAAGGAUUUGUAUUUUGUCCCUUUUUUUUUUUUAUUUUUAAAUUCAGUGUAAAUUCCACAUUUACAAGAAUUUAUGAUGAGCAAGUAGGUAUUGAAAAAAUAGGAUUUAUAUCUUUUUUUUAUUUUUUUAAUUAUUUCUUUUUUUGGUAGUUAAAUGUACAUAUGUAUUGUGUGUUGACGCUGAUGUGGUCUUUUAGAAAUGUAGCAUCCAGCACCAACAAUCCAUUUCCUGUUUCCUCAUCAUGUCAGGGCCGUGAGCUCCAUGUCUUAUUAACGUUUAGGCCUUAAAGGACAAAUCCACCCUGAACUGUUCUGCUAGAUUUAUUUAUAUUCAAUAAUUAACAUCUUUUAUUGACUUGUCGACCUUCGUUGUGGUCAAUAAAAGGUGUUAAUUUAAUAUAAAUAAUGAAGAAUUGUAUGCUGAUGAAUAACAAUUAUCGGCAGCGACGCCGUAAAGCGCAAGAACCUCCAUCGUUCCAUACAGACGUUUGUUUCGUGGUGGAGUUUUCCUUUAAGUAAAAGAGUCGGACACUUAAUCUGCUUCUAGUUGUCUUCGUCGUUUAUUUCUGACCUUUUGUAAGCAGCUUCCGAGGAUAAAGUCACGCGACGGUGCGACAGCGCGUCGUAAUCCUACGACUUGUCCUUACUCGAGCCGUGUUCUGUCUGCUAGUUAGCUGCGUGUCGCAGGAGACGCUCGUCGGUCCGAUCUUCGCGUAGCCGCUGCUGUGCUCUUGGCUUUCGUCUCCCGUGGGCGCAUGCUGUCGCGUGUCCCGUUGCAUGACCUCAUCCCUGUUGUGUGUGUCUCAGCCACCGGCUCCGUCCGUCUCCCGAUUUGACGUUAAUCAGCCUCGUCGUUUGCGUUUGCUGAAAGCUAGCUCGACCCCUCGCUGCAGGCGACGUGACAUCCGACGUUUUACAAGCGUCGAGCAAAAAAAAAAAACCCAGAUGUGAUUGUACGCUUGCAUCGUAGCUUCUAGUUAAAUUGAUUUGAUUUGAUUUGCAUGAAACUCUGUGGUCGUGGUUUUUCUUUUUAAGCUCUUUGCAUGUGCAGGCAGUAAAUAAGGAGUCGGGGGUCGUAUCCAGGACCGAGCGAACCAUUCCACUGUGAACGUGCUCUCAUCUGUUCUGCAUGUAUGUGUAAAAAGGAAAAGAGAAAAGAGAACCUGCCGUUGUUCAUGUUCAGGCAGCCAGAAGUGAGUGACAGAGAUUAAAGAGGGAGGGAACGGACAAAGCUAAACACCGAGUCUCCUUAAGCGUGUCUUGAACGCACUGCAUCAUGGGUAGAGAUAUGGGGGAUUGUCAGAGGCUGGAGCUCAGGGAGACAUCUGCAAUGUUGUGCUUCACCUUUUGUGUU